GCGUCGCCAGGGCGCAGGUGAAACCGACUCCGACCUAUCCCGGGAACUUUCGCAGCGGGGACUCGCUGCGCGAGGCGCGCAUCGCGCAGGGGCGGCCUGGGAGCCGCCCUCUCCCACCCUGGGCUGCGCGCGGGGGCUCAGCCCCGGGGCCUGUCCCCGGGGGACCCGCGGCCCUCUUGGCACGUUCAGGGGCUGCAAGCAGGCCGCGGCUGAUGGAGGCAGGUGGCGCCGCCCCGGGCGCAGGUGACAGACGCCAGGCCAGGGUUUCUGUUGGCGGGGGAGAGUGCAGGGAGGGCGAGACGCAGACACCUCGGGGCCAGGGGACGACGGGGCAGCGAUGGCCCGAGAGUUGAGCCAGGAGGCACUACUGGACUUUCUGUGUAAGGCCGGGGGCCGAGUGACCAACGCCGCCUUGCUGAGCCACUUCAAGAGCUUCCUCCGAGACCCCGAUACGCCCCCCAGCCAGCACCAGCGCCGCCGCGAGCUUUUCAAGGGCUUCGUCAACUCGGUGGCCGCAGUGCGCCAGGACCCCGACGGCACCAAGUACGUGGUGCUCAAAAGGAGGUACAGGGACCUUUUGGGGGAGGAGGGGCUGCAGCGACCCAGCGACCCGCCCGCGGCCGCCGCCCCUGCAGGGGGAGCUGCGCCCAGCUUCCCGCUCCUCGCGCGCAGUGGGGAGCGGCCGCCGCCGCCGCAGCAACCCCGGCGGCGGCGGCGCGAGAAGGAGCUAGAGGAGGAGCCAGCAGGUGCCGCAGACCCGGCCGCCGAGGCAGGUUGCGAUGGACUCCUCGCCAGCGGGGCCCGGGAGGCGGCCCGGAGAGGCGGCCGGCGGAGGGGCAGCUCCGGCCACAGGGCGCCGGUGCCCGCGGCCGCCCAGGAUGGAGCGAGGUGCGCGGCGGCCGAGACGCAGGGCGGCUGCUGCUGGGAAUGCCUCCAGAACGGCCUGGGGGGACUCCCGGGCGAGCCGCUGCUCGGCUCACUCCCCGACCCCCCCACCGCCACCGCCAGCGCCAGCGCCUGGGAGAAGCCGGCGCCGGCCCCGCCUGCCCAGGACGACCGCGGGGCUCCCAGGCCGCAGCGGGAAGGUGCGCCCGCGGAGCCCCCGCCGGUGUCCGCGGCACCCCGCUCUCCUCCGACAACCGUCGAGGCUGCUGGGAGCGGGGCUUCCCCGCUUGCUCUCCUGUCCUGCCCCACUCCCCCCGGAGAGCCGCCCGAGCUGGUGACCCCGAGCUCCCUGCAUUAUUCGACCCUGAAGCAGCAGCAGCAGCGCACUCGAGAGUGGGUGGCCAGACACCCCCAGAUACCCAAGGCCCGAGACCAGGGUCCCAUCCGAGCCUGGUCGAUACUGCCAGACAAUUUCCCCCAGCUACCCUCGGAGCCGGGCUUCUGGGUCCCGGAAUCUAAGCCAGCACCUCCGGACCUCCCUCCUCCCCCUCAUUCUCUCUUUCCCGCUGUUUCGGAAUCCUGGCCCGGGAAGUCUCCACUGGCCGUCUUUCGUAGCAUUCGUUGUCAGCUGUCCCUACAAGAUCUGGAGGACUUUGUGGACCAGGAGAGCCACGGCAGUGAAGAGAGCAGCAGUGGACCCAAAGAGUCCCCUGGGGGUUCUGAAGAAGGGCUGCACCUUCCCCCGGGAGCCCCAGAUGGGAGAAGGCUCAGGAAUCCAGCUGGGGCCCCUUCUCCAAAGGAGGGCAGCCCCAGCAGGAGCCUUCAGGGCCUCAGGAACAGAGAGGAUGGUCACCCUUCUCAGCCCGUCCCAAUAGGAGCUGGUGGCCUUGCAGGCCACCCUCAGCCUUUGCCCUGGCCUGUCCCCAAAUUAAGGAGAUCCCUAAGGAGGAGCUCUAGGGCAGAGAGAGCCCAACUGUCCUCCUCUGAUGAGGAGUGCCUUGAGGGGGAUUUGCUGAAAAGGAGCCGGCGUCCUCCCCGGUCCAGGAGACCCUCGAAGGUGGGAGCAAUGUCCAGCCCAAGGGUGGAUGCCGCUUUGACACCAAAACCUGCAGACCUUAAGGCUACUGUUGUUGAGUGUGGUCAUCCACACAGCUCAUGGGCCCCUGGAGGGGAGAGGCCUGCAGCCUUGAUCCCCACCAGAUCUUCCGAGCACAAGUCAUCCCUGGUCCCUCUUGAUGCCAGGGAGCAUGAAUGGAUUGUGAAGCUUGCCAGUGGCUCUUGGAUUCAGGUGUUGACUUUGUUCUGGGAGGACCCCCAGCUGGCUUUGCACAAAGACUUUUUGACCGGGUACACUGCCUUGCACUGGAUAGCCAAACACGGUGACCUCAGGGCCCUUCAGGACUUGGUCUCAGGCGCACAGAAAGCAGGGAUUGCUCUGGAUAUAAAUGUGAAGUCCAGUUGUGGGUAUACCCCGCUGCACCUUGCAGCCAUUCAUGGCCACCAGGGGAUCAUCAAAUUGCUAGUGCAAAGGUUGGCGUCUCGUGUGAACAUCCGGGACAGCAGUGGGAAGAAGCCUUGGCAGUAUCUGACCAGUAAUACCUCUGGGGAAAUAUGGCAGCUACUGGAAGCCCCACGGGGCAAGCCCAUUUUUUCCACCUAUCCCUUGGCUCGAAGCUCUUCCCCCACCAGGAAGGCCAAGAGCCGGGAAAUAUCUAGAAGUGUCACUCGAAAGACUUCCUUUGCUGCCCUGCUCAAAAGUCAGCACAGCAAAUGGAGGUCAGCCAACCAGUAUGAGAAAUUCCCCAGUCUAAGGGAAAGAGAAGAGUAUAGUGACUGAGGGGAGCCCCUCCUUCCAACAUGGCCUCCACAUCCCCAUCGUUGAGCUAUUCAGUGAGAGAAUCCAGGGGGAAUGGAAAAAUUGCUGAGGAGUUGGUCGAGAGGCCAAGUGAGAUGGCCUACCUAGUGUUUACCUCCCUGGAUUCUGCGUCAGCACAUCCUGGACCUCAGAGGUUGUCCAAGCUUUCUCACGGCUCAAGUCCUUGGGCCAGUGAACGUAGACAAGGAGCAGAGUCAGGUGCUUAAAACCCGGCUGUACUUCCCUUGCCAUCACAGAUCCGGGCACAGCAGGCCACACUAUUCUCCCAAGCAGCUACCCCAGGCCUUGGCUAGAGAGGAAACAGAUGUCUAACAAGAAGAGAGGCAAUUCAAGGAAUUGAUGAAGCUCAAACAAAAUCCUCUCUCUGGCUAGGAGCUCUCUGGCUUCCAUUCAUUUGGAGAACAAAUCUUGGCUGAGAGUGGAAAACACCAGGUUUGAAAUCAGAUGGCUCCUCUUCUUUCCCUUUUUUUUUUUUUUUUGGCAUUCAAAUCUGUGCAGUAAAAUUAUUACUGGAGAGUAGAAGUUGCUCUAAGAGAUUCCUCUGCCCCAUCCUCAGGUGUUCCUUUGAAUGCAACCUUUGGUGGCCAGCGCAAGAAAUGAUUAAUGCCUUGUUUCCGAGAAGGAGUUGGAAUGUUUUAGCGAGCUUCCCUGGUGGCGCAGUGGUUAAGAAUCCGCCUGCCAAUGCAGGAGACACGGGUUCAAGCCCUGGUCCGGGAAGAUCCCACAUGCCACGGAGCAGCUAAGCCCGCGCCCCACAGCUACUGAGCCUGUGCUCUAGAGCCCGCUAGCCACAACUACUGAAGCCCAUGCACCUGGAGCCCGUGCUCCACAACAAGAGAAGCCACCGCAAUGAGAAGCCUGCACACCGCAAUGAAGAGUAGCCCGGGCUCUCUGCAACUAGAGGAAACCCGUGCGCAACAAUGAAGACCCAACACAGCCAAAAAUAAAUAAAAUAAAUUUUAAAAAAUUUAAAAAAAAAAGUGUUUUGGCUAUUCUGGGUCCCUCAAAUUUCCAUAUGAAUUUUAGGAUCAACUGGUCAAUUUCUGCGAAAA